AUGGCCGACUUCGAAGAUCACGAGGGAAACGGUACGGCAGUUGAAGGAUUCUACGCCGAAGAUAACGGUGGUCCCGGCGGAGAAAUCGAGGAUCAGAUAAACUCGAAAUCUAAGAGAGAAACGCGUGACAAUGAAAGAGAGACUUCUAGAAGUAAAGAUAGGGAAAGAGAGAAGGGUCGUGAUAAGGAUAGAGAAAAGGAUUCUGAUCGAAGCAAAGACAGAGAUGUAGAGAAAAGCAAGGAGAGAAGUAGAGAAAAAGAUCGUGAGCGUCAUCACAGAAGUAGUCGACACAGAGAUCAUAGUAGGGACCGCAGUGACAGAAGGGAACGUGGUAGUAGAGAUGAUGAUGACUAUCGCAGAAGCCGCGAUCGUGACCAUGAUAGGCGUAGAGAUGAUAGAGGAGAUAGGCGCCGUCGGCGCUCACGUUCUCGAUCAAAAGAUAGGUCUGAGCGCAGAUCAAGAUCUCGAUCUCCAUCGAGAAGUAAGCGUAAGAGUGGAUUUGACAUGGCACCUCCAGCCUCUGCGAUGUUAGCUGGUGCUGCUGCUGUUACAGGCCAAGUUCUUCCUGCACCACCAGCUCUUCCUGUUGGGGCUGGAAUGUUUCCCAACAUGUAUCCCUUACCGACUGGACAGCCAUUUGGGGGGAUCUCUAUGAUGCCAAUUCAGGCUAUGACACAGCAGGCGACUAGGCAUGCUCGCAGAGUCUAUGUCGGUGGGCUUUCCCCUACGGCAAAUGAACAGUCUGUAGCUACGUUUUUUAGUCAAGUUAUGGCUGCUGUUGGUGGAAACACUGCUGGUCCAGGUGAUGCUGUUGUUAAUGUUUACAUAAACCAUGAGAAGAAGUUUGCUUUUGUGGAGAUGCGAUCUGUUGAAGAGGCAAGUAACGCGAUGUCUUUGGAUGGGAUUAUAUUUGAGGGAGCUCCUGUGAAGGUGAGGAGACCUAGUGACUAUAACCCAUCUCUAGCUGCCACUCUUGGUCCAAGCCAGCCCAGUUCCAAUCUAAACUUAGCUGCUGUUGGUCUGACUCCAGGUGCUUCUGGUGGGCUUGAGGGUCCAGACCGUAUUUUUGUUGGUGGACUUCCGUACUACUUCACCGAGGCACAAGUCAGGGAGUUGUUGGAGACCUUUGGAGCCCUUAAGGGCUUUGAUCUUGUAAAAGAUCGAGAAACUGGGAACUCUAAAGGAUACGCCUUUUGUGUGUAUCAAGACCUCUCUGUUACAGAUAUUGCGUGCGCUGCUCUAAACGGUAUCAAAAUGGGAGAUAAGACUCUUACUGUGAGACGUGCUAACCAGGGAACAAUGCAGCCGAAACCUGAACAAGAGAGUGUAUUGUUGCAUGCACAACAGCAGAUUGCUUUUCAGAGGAUUAUGUUACAGCCGGUUGCAGCAGCGCCGGCUGCACCAGCGACAACAGUCGUAUGUCUGACCCAGGUUGUUGCUGAGAAUGAGCUUAGAGACGACGACGAGUAUGAAGAUAUAAUGGAAGACAUGAAACAGGAAGGCGGAAAGUUUGGUGCGUUGACCAAUGUGGUGAUUCCGCGUCCCAGCCCCGACGGUGAGCCAGUUCCAGGCCUUGGCAAGGUGUUUUUGAAGUAUGCGGAUACAGAUGGCUCGUCGAGUGCAAGAAACGGGAUGAAUGGUAGGAAAUUUGGUGGGAACGAAGUGGUUGCUGUGUUUUACCCAGAAGACAAGUUUGAUCAAGGAGAUUAUGGAGCCUAA